UACAUACACAAAAAUACACACGUACAGACACAUGUACAUACAUACACAGACACAUGUACAUACAUACACACAAACACACACACACACACACACACACACAGACACAUGUACACACACACAGACCAUGUACACACAUGUAUAUACACACAGACACAUGUACAUGCAUACACAGACACACACAGACACACAGACACACACACACACACAACCCUAUAAAAAGUUGCAGUACUUCGUUGUUCACUCACAGAGCCGGGUACUGCACUCUAGGGGGAGGCAGAGAGCACAGCACACACUCCUUCCUUUGCUUUCACUGUGCUCAGUUAUUGAGCAGUCUGAUGGCUCCCAGUGCCAAUGACAGAUCCAGCCUGAGCUCCGAGCCUGCUCAGCCAGACGGCCCUGGGGGACACACUCACCACCACCAUAAUUUCCACUUGCCAUUGGCGAGCAGGCGAUUGGAAAUUUCAAGGUCUGCCUUAUGAGAUAUCCUA